AACCGAAUCAAAGCAAACUCUUUUGUCUCUCUGUAUCAAUUCAACUUGGGCAACCGAAAUUGGAGUUGCCCUUGUUUGUUUUUGUGUCAGUGAAAAUGGUAUGGUGUUCUGCCUGUGUCAAAAACGUUGAAGGAACCAGCGAUGCUGGUAGACUAUGGUGUUCCGGAUGUGGCAAGGUUUUAGAGGAUCACAUUUUCUCUGAGGAACCCACUUUCGUCAAGAAUGCCGCCGGCCAGAGCCAAUUGGCUGGAAGAUAUGUGCGCUCCAGGGAAAGCGAAAUCUCUGCUUCUCGUGAAAGGAUCCUCGAAAACGCUGAAUAUGAAUUGAGAUGUAUGAGGAAUGCUUUAGAUAUGGGAGACAAUGAAGAAAUUAUUGACAUAGCUAAACGCUUUUAUAGAAUUGCGAUUGAGCGGAAUUUUACAAGGGGGCGCAAGUCAGAGCAAGUACAGGCCGCAUGUCUUUACAUUGCAUGUCGGGAAAAGAAGAAGCCAUACCUUCUCAUCGAUUUUUCUAACUACUUGAAGAUAAAUGUCUAUGUGCUAGGAGCUGUGUUUUUGCAACUUUGCAAGGCUUUGAGGCUUGAUGAGCACCCGAUUGUUCAAAAACUUGUUGAUCCUUCUUGGUUUAUUCAUAGGUUCACUGAGAGUUUACCCGGAGGAAGGGAUAAAGGGGUUAUGCAAACUGCACACCGGAUUAUCACAAGCAUGAAACGGGAUUGGAUGCAGACAGGCAGAAAACCAAGUGGAAUAUGUGGUGCUGCAUUAUAUAUAUCAGCACUUUCACAUGGUCUCAAGUGCUCCAAGUCUGAUAUUAUCAAAAUUGUACAUGUCUGUGAUGCUACAUUGACUAAGCGACUGGUUGAAUUUGAGAAUACAGAAUCUGGGAGCUUGACGAUUGAAGAGUUCCUCUUGAAGGCUAAGGAACUGGAUGAAAUAAGCAAACAACCAAUUAUGGCUGAUAAAAUGGAUGACACAGAUAGUAGCCCUUCUGAACAGAGGAUCCUUUGCGAACAUAAGGAUAGUGGAAAACCUUAUGCACAUGGACUUUGUCAAAUCUGUUAUGAUGAUUUUAUGACAAUUUCAGGUGGACUUGACGGAGGGGCUAAUCCUCCAGCUUUCCAGCGUGCUGAAAUAGAGAGAUUGAAAAAAACAUCUGCGGAGCUAAAUGCUAAUGACUCUGGCAUCGACACCAUUGCUUCUGAAAGCCUUGACAACAGUAAUCAGUUAUCCCAGUUUGAGAAAGAGAAUAACACAAAAUCAGGAAGCAAGAACAAAGGACUGCUGCCUACGGAGCCUGUAAGUGAUGGGGCUGCUAUGGAGAAUACAGCUGAUGACAUUGGAACUGAAGAUUGUGAUGAUGAGUCUGACAACUUUUCAGAUAUUGAUGAUCUGGAGGUUGAUGGCUACCUUCUUAAUGAAGAGGGGCAACGCUAUAAAAAGAUGAUUUGGGAAGAAAUGAACCGUGAGUACAUUGAGGAGCAAGCAGCGAAGGAGGAAGCAGCUAAGGCUGCUAUGGAUAUCAAUUGUCCAGAAGGUGCAAAGAAACUUGCACAAAUUACUGAAGCAGCUGUUGCCAAGAGAAAAAAGGAGAGGCAACUAGCUAGAGCAGCUGAAGCGAAAAACUCUACUCCAGCUCAGACUGCUGCAGAAGCUGUCCACCAAAUGCUGACUAAGAAGAGACUCAGCUCAAAAAUCAACUUUGAUGUUCUGGAGGAUAUGUUCGAAACAUCUGAGGGUCCUGAUGUCUCCAAGAAAAGAAAAAUUGAUUCACAUCUUGACAAUGACAACAAGAUGCCCCAUGACAGUGAAGAACUUAAAUAUGAUGCAUACAAAGAUGAUGAUUUGGGUAUGGAACAGGAAUAUGGGGAUGAAGAAGGACUUGAAGACAUAGGCUACAACAAUCAUGAUUAUGUUGAGGAAGCAGAUGAGUACAAUGAUCGAGAUUAUGAUGAUUUCUGAGAUAGCUGUUCUGCUACCAUGUUUUCAGCAUCCUAAAAUUUCAAUGUUGCUUCAAUUUAGUUGGUGGUUGCUGGGCCAACACUUGGGGAAGACCAAGAUGGCGGCCGCCUCCGCCUGAAAUUUUGACUUCUGGCACUGACUUGCGUCCUACCAUGCAUGGUAGUUAUUUGAGAGAUGAAAUGGUAAAGGAAAAAGUCAAUUGUUUAUAAAUAAAGUUGUAUUUACUACCCAAUAGGUGACCUCAAUCAAGUGCUCCAAUUUUAGUGCUGUACAAUUUCCUGAUUUGUAUUGUAACUUGUAUUCUUCUUUACCAAAGAAUAUUGUAUUUUACGUGGUGUUAUUUAUGCAUUUGAAAGAUUACUGCUAGAUCUUUGGGUCUCAAGGCAGGAUAACAAGGAUCUAUUUUAGCUUUGUCUA